AUGCUGGUGCUGGUUGAGACGCCGGCAGGCUACGGCCUCUUUCGCGUGAAGAACAAGAAGCUCUUGGAGAUUGAGGACGCGACCGACUUGUCGUCAUUCUUCGCCUCCUCAGAGGCGGCGCAGAAGUCCGUCGCGCUGGAGGCCUUUUCACAGUUCAAAGACACGCGCCACGCGCUCGACGAAGUCCUCGCGCUGCGCGAGAGCAAGAUGAGUAAAGGACUGAAGAAGUUCCUCAAGAAAAACCUUUUGAAGGACGAGGAAACCUGCGCACAGCUCGCCGUCAGCGACAAGGCCCUCGGCGCGAGCAUCAAAAACAAACUCGGCAUCGACGUCGUCUUCACCCCCACUACCCACGAGCUCAUUCGGGGCAUCAAGGAGCAGAUGAACAACCUCCUCGAAGGCCUCUCUGCGAAGGAUCGCCAGCAGAUGGCGAUGUCUCUCGCGCACUCCCUGAACCGCUUCAAGCUGAAGUUCAGCCCUGAGAAGCUCGACACGAUGAUCAUCCAGGCAGUGGCGCUGCUGGACGACCUCGACCGCGAGUUGAACAACUUCGCGAUGCGCCUGAAGGAGUGGUACGGCUGGCACUUCCCCGAGCUGAGCAAGAUUGUGACAGACAAUUUGAUCUACGCGAAGACUGUCCAGCUCAUUGGGUUCCGCACAAACACCAAGCACGUCGAGCUUUCUCCUCUCCUUCCCGACGAGAUUGCAGCGGAAGUGAAGAUGUCGGCGGAGACCUCCAUGGGCACGGAUAUCACUGACGAGGAUCUGACGCACAUCAACACGCUCGCCAGCCGCGUCGAGGAGCUCGUCGAAUAUAGGGCGAAUCUCGCGGAAUACCUCAAGGUCCGCAUGAAGGUCGUCGCCCCCAACCUCACCUACAUGGUCGGAGAGGUUAUCGGCGCACGCCUGAUGGCGCACAGCGGCAGCUUGCUGAAUCUUUCCAAGCAGCCUGCCUCGACGAUUCAGAUCCUCGGAGCUGAGAAGGCGCUCUUCCGCGCCCUGAAGACCAAGUCGCACACUCCGAAGUACGGACUCCUCUUUCACGCCGCGCUCGUUGGUCAGGCGCCACCGAAGCUCAAGGGAAAGAUCUCCCGCGUGCUCGCUGCGAAGCUCUCGCUAUGUGUGCGCGUCGACGCGCUGACCGAGGCGGCGGAGGCUGCGGCCGCGGCGGCGGGUAGCAAGGGCGCCAACGAGGUCGCCCCCGCGCAGGCGCCCACGGAACCGACUGUUGCGAUUUCUUGCCGCCGAUACGUUGAGAACAAGCUGAUGCAACUCGAGCAGCAGCAAAACAGCGGUCUGUCGCGCUCUACCGCGAAGCCGCCCGUGGCGCGCUACGAGCCCAAGAGACAGAUGAAUGGAAAGACAUACGACACGUCCGCAGAUAUCGUGGCCGAGGAGUCGAAGGCGAAGAAGCAUAAACACGACGAAGUGAAGCACGAAGACGAUGAGGAGAAACCCAAGAAGAAGAAGAUCAAAAGAGAAAAGGAGGACUAG